UUCCACAUUAAUGAGAGAUGUUGCAUAAAAUCUCAAAAUAAAUCGAUUGCAGGUUCUGUCCUGGUGCAUUGUCUCUUUUUAUACAAACCUUCAGAACAAUCAGGAAUUUAAUUGAUACCUGCACGUUUGUUUUUAAUCCAGAGAUUAGCACUUCAUAGAUUGCAUUAAUGGACCCUCUCUAAACGCUGUAAUAUAGCAGCUAAAAAUGAUUAAUCAGUUUGAUCACUUUGAUGUCGCUAAAGACAAUGCUUGGGUUUGCAGUAGCACUCCCCAGGCUGUUUAUGAGAUCCUGGGUUCAUAUUGCAGCUUAGGUAAUUCAUCAGUUCAUGUUGCAUCUUCAGGGACAAAUUUUGGGCAUAUUGCAUUAAUUGAGGGCAAAUGUGAAACUUCUUCAGGGUUCCGGAUAACUUUGAACCACCCAGACAAGCCCUACAAAGAGAUGAAAGAUGUUCAUGACACCGCAGACCUGAGAACGGAUCGCCUGCCAUGAGUGCCCCGGCAGCGGCGGAGGCGGCGGCCGCCGAGCUGCGCCUGCUGCUCGACCUGGAGCAGCUCGAGGGCGAGAUGGAGCGCAUGAUGGACCACCAGGAGCUGGCCGAGACCUGCCAGCUGCAGCUCACUGAGCUAGAGAUGCUGGCCGCCAUGUUCCCGCAGCCCGGCGAGCUCAAGGUCAUCGACCCAGCGGCCGUGGCAGAGAUGACCGAGUUCGUGGAGGGCAGUCUGCACGACCCGCCGGCGCGGCUCGACUACACCAUCGCCUUCCAGACCGGCGACCAGGGAAAGCUGGAGCUGUCUGUGCACCUGCCUCUCGACUACCCUAACGUGGAGCCGGAUCUGUUCGUUCGCUCAGACGGCCUGAACCGCGCCCAGUCGCACACCAUCAACCAGCACCUGGCCGAACACGUGCGGACGCUGGAGCCUGGACAGCUUUACAUCGGCACCGUGGUCGCCUGGCUCCAGGACAACGCUGACAAGUAUAUUCAGAACGACGCUCAGACCAAGGACGAACCUACCGAGCAGUGUGAGGCGCCAGACGUUUUCACCCGGCUCUGGAUCUACUCCCACCACAUCUACAGCAAGGUGAAGCGACGAGACAUGCUCGAACUGGCCAAGGACUGCGCCGUCACCGGAUUCAGUUUACCCGGCAAACCGGGGAUCAUCUGUGUGGAGGGCCCGGCGGCCAACACAGCUGACUGGUGGAAACGGGUGAAGGCAUGGAACUGGAAGCGGAUCAUGCUGAAGAAGCAGGAGGAGAUCCCGCUGGCCGACGGCGCCACACACGACAGUCUGCGGCUGUUCAGCGUGUUCGAGGAGCUCAACUUCCUGCCGGCCGUGCGCUCCGGCGCCAACGAGCACCGCAUGGACAUGGGUCGGUUCUUCCAGUUUCUGGAGGAGCACCACUGCGCCCAGGUGUUCAAGGACUAUUUUGGGGUCAGUGGCCGGCCGGCCGCCGCCGCUGCGGCGACGGGAAAGGAUUGAUGACGGCGGGGGAAUGGGCUGGUGAAAUAGGGGUGUGUGGUGAAAGCUGGGGGGAGGGUAAUCAAUGAAUGAAGGUGCCACCAGUGGUGAUGGCUCAUAAGACGUUAGUCUGCUUGUUGAGAACCUAUUUUUGUACCUUCCCGCCUAUUAUUUGCUCGUUUGUGGUGUGUUUGUUGCGGUAGUCGAAGCUAAUACGAUGAAUACCUCACAUUGAUCGAAAUAUUGCUAAUUUUGAUGGAUCGUAGUUUAUUGAAACGUUUAUUUUUCAUCCCAUUCAUAAGUGCGUUAAUCAGAAUCUUCAAGGGUUCAGGGUGCCGGCGAAAAAUGGUGGUUUACGGUUUAGAACGUUGGAUGUACGGGCGGUGGGGACAAUAAAAGAUCGACUGGAAAUGUAGAACGCUGGGUUGACACGUACCUGAUGCAACAGGCAGGGCACAAAACAGGUACAGUGAGUUUUUGAAACGUGAUAGUGGUACCUGAUUCACAGUUUAUAUUUAUUAGAAUAUAGAUGUGGGUCUGGGGCCUGAGCUGUGGGAUAAGGGAACUUAGUGCAUAGUAGCUAGAUACAUAGUAAAUCGGGUCAAUUUUUAGCGAGUUAGGGCAUCGGGACACUAGGGGCUGGUAGAUUUAGGCGAACACCAAAGGCUGGGAGGGGUCACACUAACAUGUAGCUAUAUAGGUUAACCGAGCGUGCUGUGCCGCGGUACUAACGGUUUUGUGCGUUUACCCUCGCCCGGAUGGUGUCACUUUUGUGACGCGAUAGGUUAGUAGGUGUUUGUGAUGAAUAUUUGUAGCCAUUGCCCUGUGUUCAAAGACUUUUGAAUACUGGAGGUAAAUGACCCUCUCAAGUGGGCCAUUCCCGGAUCGGUGGCGUGCCUUCCAUGUUUCCUACCGGUGUUUCUUGAUUGGAUGUUUUUAUGAAGUUUGUAUUUUGACUUGGCAAACCCGACAUACGAUUGUGUGGUUGUUUCUCCCGCAUGCAAUUCGUCCUCAUUGCCUAAGUCGCGAUGCCUUCAAGUCGUUCCUGUCUGCUAGUAUAUGUAAACUCUAAAGACACAUAUAAACGGCUUUUUCCCAAGUGACUGUUAAAUGGAUUUUUGCUCGUUUUUUUUUUUUAGAGCAAGCGGGAUCGUGGAUAGCACCCAUUUACUAUGGUGAAUCGGCAAAUAUUUUAAAGGUGUUUGAUUUAGCUGAUGUAUAACGUCUGUAUGGUUGGUCCAGACCGUUUCGUACCCUACCAGGGUUCGCAUGUGUCGCAAUUCUGCCGUUUGUAUUUUCUACCCCACGUUUGAUACCUCGAUGUUAGCUGAUCCGCUUUGUCAGCAAAUAUACAAAAUUCAGCAAA